AUGCUUUUUUUGUUGGGUGGCUUUGAGUUCAACAAUAUCCGAGCCGUUCAGCAAUUGCGAGCGUGCGGUGUAUUGGAAACCAUCAGAAUUAGUUCCAAUGGAUUUCCCUCGCGUUGGAGUUAUCCUGAUUUUGCCAAUAGGUAUCGCGUCUUACGGAUCGGCACACAUCGAAAGUUUGCAAAGAGUGGCUCUCAGAGUCAACAAUCAGGUCCGGUACCCAAAGCCGCGCCACGAAAGUUGUUGAGAGCCGGUUCGAGCACUUCCAGCGAAAUUCGAACUCUUUGCGAAGAUAUUGUCAAAAUUGUUUACGAAGAGAAAGUGUUUUCCAAAUUGAGUGGUGAGAGUGAACAGCAAACACAGGCGCAACAGUUGUUCCAAUUCGGCAAAACCAAGAUCUUCUUCAGGUCAGGACAGGUCGCACUUCUGGAGCGCAUCCGAAGCCAAAAGCUGAAAGAAUGCGCUGUUCUUUUGCAACGUAUGAUCCGUGGAUGGCUUGUGAAGCGCCGCUACCUUAAGAUUAGGUUCACAAUAAUGCGAUUGCAAUGCUAUGGCCGCGCAUUCCUCGCCAGAAAACUAUACUUACACUUAAAGCUGACCAAAGCUGCCACUCGUAUACAAACCAAAUGGAGGGCUUGGAGUACGAGAAAGAAGUUCUUGAAAAUCAAGAGAACCGCAAUUGGGUUACAACAAUACGGACGCGGACUCAUCGCCAGAAGGAAGUUCUUAACAAUCAAACAGCAUUUGGCGGCCGUUACUAUACAACGAUUUUGGAGGGGAUAUACGGCUCGUAAAGCAUAUCAGCAGAGGAUUCGUCGCGUGAUUAUCGUUCAAUCAUUGAUCCGUCGAUUCCUCGCUAAGCGGGAGCUCAAGAAACUGCGAAUCGAAGCCCGAAGUGUUGAACACGUGACUAAUCUUAACAAAGGUUUGGAGCGAAAGAUCAUUGAAUUGCAGCAAAAAGUGGAUGAUUUGAAUAGUGAACGAAAGGCUUUGAUUCAAACCGAUGGCGAGAUUUCUGAAUAUAAGAGUCAAUUCUCACGAUUUGAGACCGAAAUUAAGAAUUUGAAAAAUGAAAUGAAACAAAAAGACAUACAAUUCCAGGCAUUAGAAGACGAAAUGAAUGAAUCAAAGAAUGUUAACGAAAAGCUUACCAAAGAUGUAGAAAGACAUAAAUCUAAAGUCAAUGAUUUGCUAACAAACAACGCGAAGAUUCGUCAAGAAGCUGAUCCCAAACUCAUCGAAAACGCCGUUCGAGAAAAAGAGAAAUUAUUGAUCACUAAAUAUGAAAAAGAGAAGAAGGCUUUGAUUGAUGAACGAGAAAACGAAAGGGCGUCGAGACAACAGUUGCUUAGAAAAUAUAUGGCUCUCGAAGACAAAUACCAGAGCGGAGGUAGAGGUGAAGACGACGACAGGAGUCCAGACAUAUCGACGGUGUCUUUGAUGAUGAGAUGCAGUGAAUUAGAGCAGGAAUGCGCGAAAUGCAAACAAGAGAACCAAGAGAUGCGCGAAUUGAUUGCCGCGUCCGCAGACCUCGACGACAACGAAAGGGGCGCUUCACUGCUCGCACAACAAUGCGCUCAAAUGCAGAUCGAAUGCGAUCGCUAUCGGGAGGAGAGGUCUAAUCUGAAGACUAUUGUUCUCUCACAGGAAUCCAAUAUAAAGGACGUUAGUGGCGAAAGUGAAUUGAUUUCUGCGUUUAAGGCAAUCAUUAAACAACUGGAAUCAGAACUCGACGAAACAAAAGAGAAAAAUGAACAAAUGAAAAAUGAGAUGAAUUCACUGGUGACUGAUAACAAUAGACAACAACAAGUGAUUGGCAUUAAUAGCGAACCAAUCGCUGUGAACGGUAGCGAAGAUAUGAUCACUCGAUUCAAACAAGAGAAUACUGUUCUUAAGGAGAAGUGCGAGAAAUUAGUUCUCGAGAACAAACAGAUAAGAAUGGAUUUAAUGAGACGAAAGAUACUCGAAAACGAUGAGGACGAAGAGGAGAGCCCGAACCAAAAUGAUUACCAGAAUAUGAAUUAUGUCGGAAUGUUUGAAUAUAAACAACAAAACGAGUCACUUAUUCUUAGAAUUCUAAUUAAUGGCGAAGAAGCAUUUGGUGAAUUUGACGAAUCACUUAAAAGCUUUGACUUAAGCGAAUACAGACAAAUGUUUAGUGACAUCGCCAUUUGGAUUCAUCAGGGUGUCAUUAAACAAUGUGAGGAACGAAUUCAGAGUCUUAUUGUUCCGGCAAUUCUCGAAUAUGAAGGACUCGCUUCUUCGGGAAUGUAUUCGCAGUCCAUUCAAAGGUCGGGUAGCGUUACCGACGACACAAACCUCUCUCCUUCUCCAACAGAGAAACCAAUCGAUUCGCUCAUCAAAGAACUUUCGUAUUUGAAUCGAAUUCUGUUACUUCACGUGAUUGAAGGCGAUAUAAUCCAUCAGAUCUUCAAACAGCUGUUUUACUUCAUGUGUUCGAGUUCUUUGAAUAACCUAUUGUUACGCAAAGACUUAUGUCAUUGGAAUAAAGCGAUGCAGAUUCGGUUCAAUCUGUCGUCUUUAGAGCAGUGGUGUCGCGAACAACAGAUCCCCAAAUGGAACGAAUGCGUCGAGAAGUUGGAGCCCAUAAUACAGGCCACAAAACUUCUUCAGACACGUAAAUCCGAAGAACACAUCCCAACGAUCGUCGAAAUGUGUAAUAAACUCAGUUCGUCACAAAUCAUAAAAAUACUGAAUCUUUACACCGCCGGCGAUGAGGAGAGGAUUUCGAUCAAGAAGGGUUUGGCGACUGUUCUCAAGAAGAUUUGA